AUGGUCCAUAAGUUCAGUCUCCAGAACAGAGUCCUUGGGGCUGCAGAGAUGAAACACCAGACUACCUGUGGUAAAGCAGCUGCUCCACGCACCUCAUCCAUGCAGAAAAGCUGCUGCUGCUGGGCAGAGCGAUGCUCAAAGCAACACAGCACUAUCACAAAAACGUCCUCUUACGCUUUCUUCGUGCAAACCUGCCGGGAGGAACACAAGAAGAAAAACCCAGGGACCUCGGUGAACUUCGCAGAGUUCUCCAAGAAGUGCUCUGAAAGAUGGAGGACCAUGUCUUCCAAAGAGAAGGGCAAAUUUGAGGAAAUGGCCAAGACCGAUAAGGUUCGCUAUGACAGAGAGAUGAAAAACUAUGUGCCUCCUAAAGGUGCAAAGGGAGGGAAAAAGAAGAAAGAUCCAAAUGCGCCAAAGAGGCCACCAUCUGCUUUCUUUGUCUUCUGUUCUGAUCAUCGCCCAAAGGUGAAGAGCGAUCACCCGGGCAUCUCUAUUGGUGACAUUGCAAAGAAGCUUGGGGAAAUGUGGUCUAAGCUUUCACCAAAAGAGAAGUCUCCAUAUGAGCAGAAGGCCAUGAAGCUUAAGGAGAAAUAUGUUCAGGGCUUGAGGGAAAACAAAACCUUUGAGCUGGAUCUCCAGAGGCCGCGGCUGGAUGAUCAAUACAGCUACAACGGUUGGAGCCGCUACUGCUGGCAUAUUUACAGUGGUGACCUACUUCCUCAAGUGAGCAUGCUGCAGAAGCAGGCAAGUGCUUCAGGGAAGGUGAGGGGCGAAGCUUGCACCCGACUGGGUGAUGCCAAAGAACUAUUUAUACCCUCUGCUCAAGAGAAACCCUACAGACCCUGGGGUGCCCGUCCAAAAACAAGGAAGUAUUAG